AUAUACUAUACAUAACCACACAAUUUUUACAUUAUAUUUUGUUGUUGUGUUUGUAUUUUUGGCGCACAGAAGCAUCUAAUCUUUUACUACUGUGCUAUCAAAAAAGGGGAUAGGUGUGUAACCUGAACAAUUAAUAAUGACUGCCAUCAUCCGCAUAAAACGAAAUUGCACAGAUGAUCCUUUAGAUGCUGUUGUAAUAAAUUGCAAAAAGAGAAAAUUGGAUGAAAAUGCAGCACAAGAUGAAGAUAUCGCGACUGUACUUAAUUUCGCUGGAACUGUAAAUAGUACAGACGAUGUCAUUAAGCACAUUAAAAAGCUCAAUAAAUCGGAAGUUGAGGAGCAAUACAAAAAACAUAAUAUGGUUGAUAUUAUUGACAAAUUAAGAAUGGAAAAGGAAGUAACUUCAAAGAACAGUCGCUACAAGGUCGUCAACAGUCAUCGAUUUCCCAAUACGAACGAUACCGAGAGUAAUGUAAAUUGCACAAUAGUUGAUGUAGAAUCUGAAGAAUUAAAAAACGCCGAACAUUCAAAUAACUUCGUUUAUGAUUUGUACUAUACAAAUUCAGACGAUUUCGGCGAACCUGACCUAAAUGAAUUGAUUAGUGUGUACCCCUUGAGCGAAGGUUUGGUAUAUGGAUCUUAUCGUGACAAUGGCUAUAAUUACCCUGAUUCUGAUUACUCCGAAGAUUCAAAUGCAGAAAACCACUGGCGUAAUGAUUACCCUGAUGAAUCUGAUUGUGAAAGUCAUGACGAAAGCAUUACAGAAAAUGAUAUGAUGAGAAAUAUGGUGAAAGUGGAUCUCGGUGAUGAUGAAGACCUAUCUAGCGAUAAUUACAGUGCAGAGGAAGAGGAUUAUUAUUGUGAUGAAUCUUGUACUCCAUAAAUUAGUGAUCAUAUGUUAUAGUUGUAAGAAAAAUGUUAGCAAAUAUUUUAUUGUUUAAAUAAUCGGAAAGUUGUUUUAUUUGUAACUAAAUUCUGCUUUGGUUAUAUUUGCAAGCAUAAUGAGAGAUAUAUUUGUUUUAUAAUUUAAAAUAUAAUCA